AUGGACGUGUGGGACACGAAGCGGUGCACGAACAAGGCCUACAAGGUCAACGUCGUGAACCGCGACGUCAACGGAGCGGCCAACAUCCUGAUGCUAGCCAACGAGCGCACGUUUGACAUCCCCGGCGCCCGCGUGCGCGUGGAGGUGGUGACUCGGGCGCCCUGCGGCACCCAGGCCAUCACCGUGGCCACCGACAAGCCCGGCAGCCUGCUGCUGCACUGGGGCUACAAGCAGCGCGCGCUGCAGACGCGGUUCUCGCCCGCCGCCGACGGCGGGCAGGCCGUGUCGAUUGAGCUGCCCGGUCCCGAGGCCUCCGACCGCCUGAACUUUGUGAUCAAGAACGAGGGCAUGGGGGAGUGGUACGACCUCAACGGCGCCAACUUCCAGGAGCUGUGCGGCGUCUGGGCCUACCUGGCCUGGGAACGCGCCGGCUGCCCCGCGCGGAGCGGCGCCGAGGCCGACGCCGAGUACGACGCCGGCGUGGCCGAGCUGGUCCUGCUCCUGCGCCGCGGCGUCGGCCUGGACGAGCUGUGGGCCGUGGCCCGGGGUCAAGUGCCCUGGGCCCAGUUCCAGGCCGCGCUGGGCAAGCCGGACGGCGCGGACUUUGGCGCCGACGCGCGGCGCGUGCUGCGCGAGCAGCUGGCCGCGGGCAGGUCGGUGCAGGAGCUGGAGCACGCGCUGGGUGCAUCCCCGCCAGAGGCCUCGCAAACGGCCUCGCAGACGGGCGCACCGCCGGCGUCAGCGCCAGCGCCAGCGCAAACUUCGGAGGAGUCGGGCCUGGGCGCCUCGCGCGGAAUGCGCAGCGUGGACCCCCUGGACCUGAUCAAGCGCCCCGCGGCCGCACCGCUGCUGGCCGAUGCGCGGCCCGGUGCCCAAGACUCGCCCCUGGCGCCCCUGGUCCGCGCGGCCGGGGAGGACGACGCAGUCUGCUGGCACAGGACCUUCAACCUGGGGGAUGGCGCGCAGCUGCUGGCCACGGUGCGGCGCCUCGGCGACCCCCAUGCGCCCGCGGAUGACUCACCAGAGCUGAUGGUCGAGCUGGGCAGCGUGCUCAGCAUGGACGGCGAAGAGCUGCCGCUGCAGCGCGCGCGCGUGCCCGUCCCCGUCGACGCCGACCUUGCGGCGCUGGCCUUCGUCCUGCGCUCCCGCGAUGGCAGCCGCUGGUGGCGCGACGGCGGCGGCGACUUCCGCGUGCCCCUGCCCACGGGAGACGGCGGCGGCGCGGGAGAGGGCGCCCCGGACGCCGCCUCGGGGAAUCCGCUGUUGCAGGACUCGGUGGCCCGCGCCAUAGUGGAGGCGGAGGCCACGCCCGCCUGGACCCUGAUGCACCGCUUCAACCGCGCCUCGGACCUGCUGGAGCAGGUCGCGGCCGGCGGGGUUGAGGACGUGGAGGGGAGCCUGGCCCGCAUCUACGUCUGGCUGCGCUACUCCUCCAUCCGCCAGCUGACCUGGCAGCGCAACUACAAUACCCAGCCCCGCAUCCUGGGCGCCGCGCAGGAGAGGCUGACCCACACCAUCGCCAAGGUCUACUCCAAGACGAGCGGGAUGUCCCAGGAGUGGGCGCGCCUGCUUUUGACCACGGUGGGCCGGGGCGGCAACGCCCAGGCUGUGCGCGACGACAUCCUGCACAUCAUGCACCGCAACCACAUCCCCGAGAAGGGCGGCACGUGGAUGGAGCAGUGGCACCAGAAGCUGCACAACAACACCACGCCCGACGACGUGCCCAUCUGCGAGGCGUACCUCGCCUUCCUCGAGUCCGGCGGCGACCAGGGCACCUACUGGCGCGUGCUGGCGGACGCCGGAGUCACGCGCCAGCGCCUGGAGUCCUUUGAUCGCCCCAUCACUGUCGACCCGCAGUUCUUCGGCGACCGGCGCGACGCGCUGCUGGCCGACUUCCGCGCCUAUCUCAAGGUCCUCAAGGCGGUGCACUCCGGUGCGGACUUGCAGGCCAGCGCCAGCGCGGCCGCGCGCAUCGUGCCCGCCGCGGCCAAGGCGCCGCUGGGCUACGCGCUGGCGCACGCCGGCACGGGAGGCUCGGCCCUGGCCUUGGUGGAGGCGGCGGACUGGACGGUGCGGCUGUUCGCGGAGGAGGUGGUGCGCGCGGGCCCUGCCUUUGCGCUGUCCCUGGCGCUGUCGGCCGCGGAGCCUGGCCUGCGCGCCGCCGCGGAGCUGGGCGCCUGGCAGCUGGUGUCCCCCGGCGCGGCGCGCGGCGAGCUGGUCGCCGUGCCCUCGCUGCGCGAGGUGCAGGACCGCGCUUUCCCCCGCCCCACCGUGCUCCUGGCCUGGGAGGUGACGGGGGAGGAGGAGGUCCCCGCCGGGGUCGUGGCCCUGCUGUCCCCCGACGCCCCGGACGUGCUGUCCCACCUGGCCGUGCGCGCUCGCAACCUGGCCGUGCUCUUCGCCGCCUGCCACGACGCCGCGCCGCUGCGCGAGCUGGAGGCCCUGGAGGGCCGGGUGCUGGAGCUGGACAGCACGGCCGCGGGGGCGGUGACCUGGCAGGAGGCCGACGAGGAGGAGGUGGAGGGGGGCGGGGGGAGGGCCACACCGGCGGGUGUGGCCGCGGGGACCAAGAAGCUCACCCGCCCCACCACGCCCAAGUGGUGCGGCAAGUGGGUGCUGGGCAUGGACGAGUUUAAGCAGGGGGUGGUGGGUGCCAAGAGCAACAACCUUGCGGGGCUGAGGGGGCGGCUGCCCGAGAGCAUUCAGCUCCCCGCCUCUGUGACGAUCCCGUUUGGGUCCUUUGAAAAAGCGCUGGAGAGCCGGGAGAAUAGGGAGCUGGCCAAGCAGAUCCGCGCCGCAGUGUCCUCGGUCACCCCCCACAGCCCUGGCCCGGCCCUGGCGCGGUGCCGCGACCUGGUGAACCAGGUCGCCGUGCCCUCCGCCCUGCGCAAGGAGCUGGAGGCGGGCAUGCGCGCCGCGGGCAUCCCCGUGCCGCAGAACGAGGAGCGGUGGGAGGCCGCCCUGUGCGCGCUCAAGGCGGUGUGGGCGUCCAAGUACAACGACCGCGCCUUCUACUCCUGCCGCAAGGUGGGCCUCCGCUUCGACGACGUGCGCAUGGCGGUGCUGUGCCAGCGCGUCGUCCCCGUGCGCUACGCCUUUGUCAUCCACACCGCCAACCCCGUCUCCGGCGACGCCGACGAGAUCUACGCCGAGCUGGUCAUCGGCCUGGGGGAGGCCAUCGUCUCCGGCGCCGUCCCCGGCAGCGCGCUGGCCUUCUCCGCGCGGAAGGAUGCGCUGGACGCGCCGCGCGUCCUGCUCUACCCCAGCAAGUCGCGGGCGCUGGUGGUGGCUGACUCGCUCAUCCUGCGCUCCGACUCCAAUGGCGAGGACCUGGAGGGCUACGCCGGCGCAGGGCUGUACGAAUCGGUCACCGUGGACGCGACGCGCAGCGUGGUGGCAGACUACAGCGCAGAUGACCUGCUGAUGGACCCCGGGUUCCGGCGCCGCCUCAUGACCGACGUGUGCCGCGUGGGCCUGGAGAUCGAGCAGGCCCUGGGUUCGGCUCAGGACAUCGAGGGGGUGGUGGGCAAGGAUGGUGCGAUCACGGUCGUCCAGACCAGGCCCCAGGUCUAG